CUCGCCGCCGCCGCCGCCGCGGGACUCGGACAGCCCCGCAGUGCUUCGGCUCCUCCUCCUCUCGCGACCGCCCUCCGCAGCGAUGGACGGAGACGGUGACCCAGAGAGCGUGUGCCAGCCGGAGGAGGCAAGCCCGGAGGAGCAGAAGGAGGCGUGCACGGAGGAGGCGGGUGCCGAGGACGAGGGGGAGGAGGAGGAGGCGGCGUACCUGGAUGAGCUGCCCGAGCCGCUGCUGCUGCGCGUGCUGGCCGAGCUGCCGGCGGCCCAGCUGGUGCAGGCCUGCCGCCUGGUGUGCCUGCGCUGGAAGGAGCUGGUGGACGGCGCCCCCCUGUGGCUGCUCAAGUGCCAGCAGGAGGGGCUGGUGCCCGAGGGCGGCACCGAGGACGAGCGCGACCACUGGCAGCAGUUCUACUUCCUGAGCAAGAGGAGGCGCAACCUGCUGCGCAACCCAUGCGGGGAAGAGGACUUGGAGGGCUGGAGCGAUGUGGAGCACGGUGGCGACGGCUGGAGGGUGGAGGAGCUGCCUGGAGACUCUGGUCUGGAAUUCAUCCAUGAUGAGAGCGUCAAGAAGUACUUCGCCUCCUCCUUUGAGUGGUGUCGCAAAGCGCAGGUCGUUGACCUGCAGGCUGAGGGCUACUGGGAGGAGCUGCUGGACACCACUCAGCCGGCCAUCGUGGUGAAGGACUGGUACUCUGGCCGCAGAGACGCCGGCUGCCUGUACGAGCUCACGGUGAAGCUGCUGUCGGAGCACGAGGACGUACUGGCCGAGUUCAACAGCGGGCAGGUGGUAGUGCCGCAGGACAACGACGACGGGUGGAUUGAGAUCUCCCACACCUUCACCGACUACGGGCCUGGCGUCCGCUUCGUUCGCUUCGAGCAUGGGGGACAGGACCGCGUCUACUGGAAGGGCUGGUUCGGGGCCCGAGUGACCAACAGCAGCGUGUGGGUAGAGCCCUGAAUGACCCAUCCUCCAGCCUCCCCCAGCUGACUUGGAGGGGCGGAGGCCCCCGGGGGAGAUAGGCCUUAGUUGGUAGCAUCCUCACCUGCCCCAGCCCCAAGCACUCCUUUCCUGUCCGGUACUCGAGCCCAGCCCCUACACCGCGAAAGAGGGGUUCUGAUGGUAUCUGUUUGCAUCUAGAAAGUAAGAUGAGUGAGGGCCAGGGCCUGGGCUGGGCCCACCGCUGAAUCGCCAGCACCUAGCACAGUGCCUGCCACUAAACGGGAGCUCAAUAAAUGUCUGUCCAAGGAAGGAAUGAUUGAACAAA